AUGGCCAUUUCAAGAGUCCUCCACGUAGCCCUAUUGGCGGUGGUUGUGGCGGCAGCGGCGGAGGUCGUGACGCUUUCUCCGGCGUCCGGUCCAGCCACCGCUGUUCCACCGGCCGGAGGAGUUACUCAUUCAGCUCCGCCUCCGUCGCCGACAAAGCACGCAGCUCCGCCGAGUCAUUCCUCGGACAAGAUGUCACCUCCGGCACCGGCGCCACGCGCCGCUGCUCCAGCUUCGACGAUUUCAAACACCCCGGCUGAGGCUCCGGCGCCGGAGGGGAGCGCCGCCGCAUCGCCGACCGGUUCAUUCGCCGCGGGGAUGUUGUUCUUCUCCGCCGCCGCCGUUGUUUUGGCGGCCGUUUAG